AUGGUUGGGAAACAGGUUGAGAAUAUUGAAGAAAUUAGAGCUUAUAUAAAAGUUCGCACAAAACUCGGUAAUUCGGUAAAACAGAUUUUUACUGAAUUGGGGGAAGUUUAUGGGUCUGAUAAGGUAUCUUAUGAGACAGUUCGUAGGUGGAGACAGAAAUUUUUGACUGGCACAGAGUCCGUCAAAGAUGCAGCAAAAUCGAGUCAACCUGUGACUGUAUCAGGCAAGACAAAUGUCUCAAAAGUCAAGGAAAUAAUUGAAUGUGAUGGCAGGUACACGAUUCGUGAUAUUGCCAAAGCUAUUGGCAUAUCGCUAUCGCGGGUGCAUUUCAUUUUGAAGCGUAUUUUGAAAGUACGAAAGAUUUUUGCCAGAUGGAUACCCCAUAUAUUGACAGAUGACGAAAAAAAGAUACGAAUACAAACCGCUAAGCGACUGCUAAAAAUGUUUCCAAACUUCAAUCAAAGACAAUUUGCAAACAUAAUUACUGGUGACGAAACAUGGGUUCACUAUUUCGAACCAGUAAGAAAAGUUGGGAACAAAUUAUGGCUAACCAAACACGGUAGAAGGCCUGUAGUUGCCAAAAGGACAAUGAGCACAAAGAAGGUCCUUUACUGCAUAUUCUUCUCUUGUGAUGGUUUAGCCGUACAAAUUCCGGUGCCGAAGGGCAAAAGUGUCACAGGUCGGUAUUACCGAGAUGUUGUACUGAAAAAGCUAAAGAAAUAUUAUCAGAAACGACGUCCUGUGUCGGGAUUUAGGCAUGUUCGCCUUCUUCAUGAUAAUGCUCCAUCACAUACAUCUGAGCUUGUGAAGCAAUUUUUGAAGUCUGAGAAGGUUACCGUCUUGCCACACCCACCAUACUCUCUGGAUCUAGCACCAUGCGACUUUUUCCUUUUUCCAAAACUUAAAAAGUUCUUAUCUGGUCGUCGAUACAAGUCCCGACAGGCCCUUGGCUCAGCCAUCAGUCAGUGCCUCAGAGGUAUACCUAAAUCAGCGUACCGUGACGCAUUUCAGAAAUGGAUUCAGAGAUUAAAAUUGUGUAUUUCAAAUCACGGAGAAUACUUUGAAUUCAGGGAUGUAAUGUCCAUUUGA